CGCCCGCCCGCCCCGCUCCAUGCCGCGGCCGCGCUGCUGACGGCGCCCGGCGCUCCGGGCCGCCCGGCCCCCAUGCACUUGGCGCCGCGGGAGUGGGAGUCGGAGGCGGCCCCGGGGCUCGGCGGGCAAGCCCAUGGAGCGCCACUCCAGCUACUUCUUCGUCUGGCUGCAGCUCGAGCUCUGCGCCAUGGCCGUGCUGCUCACCAAAGGGGAAAUCAGAUGCUACUGUGACGCUGCCCACUGUGUGGCCACGGGCUACAUGUGUAAAUCUGAGCUCAGUGCCUGCUUCUCGAGACUUCUUGAUCCCCAGAACACCAACUCCCCACUCACGCAUGGCUGCCUGGACUCCCUCGCCAGCACUGCAGACAUCUGCCACGCCAAAGAGGCACAGAACCACUCUGGCCCCAGCAUGCCCACGUUGGAGUGCUGUCAUGAAGACAUGUGCAAUUACAGAGGGCUCCAGGAUGUGCUCUCUCCUCCCAAGGGGGAUGCCGCAGGACAAGGCAACCGGUACCAGCAUGACGGGAGCAGAAACCUCAUCACCAAAGUGCAGGAGCUGACUUCUUCCAAGGAGCUGUGGUUCCGGGCUGCUGUGAUCGCAGUGCCCAUAGCUGGAGGGCUGAUUUUAGUAUUGCUUAUCAUGCUAGCCUUGAGGAUGCUGCGAAGUGAGAACAAGAGACUGCAGGAUCAGCGGCAGCAGAUGCUGUCCCGGUUGCACUACAGCUUUCACGGACACCAUUCCAAAAAGGGGCAGGUGGCCAAGUUGGACUUGGAGUGCAUGGUGCCCGUGAGUGGGCAUGAGAACUGCUGUCUGACCUGUGAUAAGAUGAGGCAAGCAGACCUCAGCAACGAUAAGAUCCUCUCUCUGGUUCACUGGGGCAUGUACAGUGGGCAUGGGAAGCUGGAAUUCGUAUGACAGAGCCAGAGUGGACUGUUUGGACGCUGAAAGGCCUUUUGAGUUCUGCUGGACAGGAGCACUUUAUCGGAAGCAAAAGCAAACUUUGGCGUCAUCAUCUUUGAGAAACAGAAUGACCUCUGCAGACAGAAUCUUGGCUAUUUCUUCUGAAGGAUUAUUUGCACAGACUUAAAAUACAGUCAAAUGUAUUAUUAUUUGCUUUAAAAAUGAUUCAAAAGCAAGGAGGAAGACUCUGUACACACUAUUACCAGGGUUCUUUCCAUCGGAGGGAGCGAAAAAUGGAGUGCCUAAAUAAACUCAAAUGUGCUCUGUGCAA